UUAUUAAUUAUUAUUUUUAUUAUUAAAUUCGCGAGUUGGACGGUAUCCACUCGCUACCCAUUCAUCACUCAAUCAUUUAUUCAUUUCCUUCUUCUUUUGUUGGACAGAGGUUCUCUCUUGACUGCAGCGGUUGUGGUAGUUGUAGUCGUUGUGGUGGUCGUGGCUUCAUCUGAUGGAUUAUCCUCGACUUUGAUCUUGAUCAAUGAUGGAGCUGGGAUUGUAGACCUUGCUGGUUUCUUUGACGAUGAUGACCUCAGUGAAUCUAGUUGUGCCCGCAUCUCUUCGUUCUCAGUCUUUAGUGUCUCAUUCUCCUUGCUCAAUUGUUUGACCAAUUCCUCCAAG